CCACCGGCCCCCCCGAGGGAGGGAAUGGUACAUCCCGCCGGCAGCUGGGCGGGGGCCGUGGGGAACCCAGCAUCCGGGCCCCGGGUGACUGACAGUGGCCCCGCCUCUUCAUGAAUAUGCAAAGCGGGGUGGUGCGGCGGCGGCCGGACCCGGAAGCGGCGCGGCUGAGUCACCCCGGCGGCGGCGGCGGCCAGCGGUGGCGAUGAGGCAGCAGCUGCGGCGAGUGGCGGCGUCGUCCUUCGGCGCCUGAGGAGCCUCCUCGCCCGCCCUUCUUCCCUCCAUUCAUCCCUCCCUCCUUCCCUCCUGCCCCGCCCCAGCCCCGCCGCCACCAUGAUGGAGGAGAUAGACCGGUUCCAGGUGCCCGCCGUGCGCGCCGAGAUGCAACCGCUGGACCCAACAGCUGCGUCUCUUUCGGACAGAGAUUGUGAUACGAGAGAGGGAGAGACUGUAGCCAUGAACUAUAAGCCGUCCCCACUUCAAGUGAAAUUAGAAAAGCAGAGGGAGCUGGCUCGGAAGGGGUCGCUGAAGAACGGCAACAUGGGAAGCCCAGUUAAUCAGCAGCCCAAGAAGAACAAUGUGAUGGCACGAACAAGGCUCGUUGUUCCCAAUAAAGGCUAUUCGUCAUUAGACCAGAGUCCAGAUGAAAAGCCACUGGUAGCCCUGGAUACGGACAGUGAUGAUGACUUUGACAUGUCCAGAUAUUCCUCCUCGGGAUACUCAUCAGCUGAGAUCAACCAAGACUUGAACAUCCAGCUGCUAAAGGAUGGGUACCGGUUAGAUGAGAUCCCAGAUGACGAGGACCUCGACCUAAUUCCCCCUAAAUCGGUCAACCCUACCUGCAUGUGUUGCCAAGCCACCUCCUCCACCGCCUGUCACAUCCAGUAGUGAGGCCGGCAGGCUGUGAUCAGUGCUUUCCACUAUAACUGUAAAAUUUAACAGCCAUUGCUUCCUCCUAUGGUAGGACGUGCACCUCUUUGUGUUCAUGGAGCCAGGAGAAACCAAAAAAUUCAUUUUAUGAUUGGUUGAUAAGUUAUUUUAAACUAUGGGUAAACAGAAGUUGCUCAAAGUGCCAGGCAGUGCCUGGUAGAGCUGACUGGUCUGGAGAGUGAAUGCAGAGGGGUCCAGAGAUACCUCCUUGUUUGUGUAGGCACUGGGGAUAUUUUGUAAGGUGUCUAUUCAAGAAUAGGAAGGGUCAGAUGGGGCUGCAGAUAAUCCAGCCCACCGAAACCAACCCAUCUGCGAGAUCAGGGGUGAGUCUGAGGUGUCAGGGGGUUUUACCAGUGAGAGGAGGUCAAUUCUUAAUUCAUUCACUAAACCUGUUUCAUUUGCAUAACCAAAAUGAUGCUGUAACUGGGGCACAGGAAUGGGAAUCAGAGCAGGGCAUCUUUUCUUAUGGCAAGGCUAGCCAGGACUAACAUGACACAACUGAAUCACUUGCAAACAGGACAAAUGGGUGGCAUUUCACUGUGAGUCAGUACUAGCUAGAGCUGUCGUGUCACAUAUCCAGUGCAAUCUACCCUUAACUCCACAUUAGAUUAUCACCAAACACAUCAGAUUCGAUCUGCAAUCCAUCUGUGCUCUUCAGGGAUUCAGUCCUUGCCCAAGAAUACCAUAGUCCUGAGUUCAGAACAGUCACAUAUACUGACUUCAGCCUAUACUUAAUUCCCGUGAGACCCAUCUGCUUCCAAAAUUCUUAAACUUUGUUCAACUAAGAAAAAGUGAGUCCUGCACAAGACAGGACUAGAGCUAUACAGUCUGAAGGUCAGUGCCAGAAAAGCUAGUGGAAGAAAGAACAUUUUUACAGUGCUCGGCAGUUGAUAUUCUCUUAACGCUGCAUCUCUUGGUGCCAGUGGGAGAGAUUUGUUAAUGCUGAAGGCAUCUAUGUGGUGGUGUCAGACUUUAGGGAGGUUUCAGCAAUGGCAGGAUUAAGAACAGCUUCAGCUGAAAAAAACCCAUGAGAGGAAACCACUGUUUAUCCCAUCUCUGCCCAGUGGCGAACCAGGCUUGGUCUGUGCUGUCCCAUGUUGGGAGCAAUUGUGUUUAUUUGGUGCUGGAAUAGUCAGGAAACCUGGAGUUACAUUAGGUGGCUGGACUGAAUUUCCUGUUCACUGGCAGAUUGUCUUGAACACAAAAUCAUUUCUGGAAUGAUGAAAAGUGUCCUCUCCCUGACUGGUCUUACACUGCUGGCUUCAGCAUAUGUGGGGCUCAGGCAAGGGAUGGGCUGGCAUUUUUCUCAGUGUUGAAAUCUUUUGCCACAGGCACGACUGUGUUCUCCUGCCCUGCCAGGAGGAAGGACCACCUGCUUUGGGUCAUCACUUGCGUUAUAUCAUAGGCAAGGGAAAAAGCGAGGGCAAUUCUGAGCUUCCCGUCUGAAUCCCUGAGUAACAAGGCAGAGCCAUAGCUCCACCCCAACAGACAGAUCCCCCAUCUGAAAUCUGCAUGAAAUGAGCUGAGUCUUUAAGAAGUCCUCUUCAUGAUUAGGAGAUCUAUUUAACAUCCUGGGGUUUCACUCUGUGCAACAGGACACCAUCCAUAGCAUGGAGCAAAAGAGCAGGCACACAAGAUUCCUGGGCUUUAUUAUUCACUAGCUGGUAGGGGCAACUGUUAAAGCUAUGUUUGCCCCCACUCCCUAAAACAGCUGCCACUCUGAGUCCAGGCCAUAGAAAGAGGACUGAGUGUUGCUGUUUACUGAGCAUCCCUGCCUCCUUGUGCAGAAGUGCUGGUUAACUUGCCAGCUCCUCUAGGAAUAGUGUUCCUCAGGUGAAUUCCUCUCCCUUUCUCACCACCUGGUAAUGCUGAGGAGGAUUAUUUCCAAAAUAUUUCUAAAGAACAACAAAAGCAUCAGGUCUCCGAUUCUUCGCUUCUUCCUUUGUGUGCCUGCUUUCCUCUCCAGUGCUAGCUCAGGUUGAGGUUAGAAAGUUCUCUGGAGGUGGGGGAAGAGCUCUAUCAAUGCUGUGUGGAGAGAAAAGAUAAAAGGGAAAAAACAUUCCUUAAGGAGUGGGUUUUUUUAAUAGGGAAUAUAGUUCAAAACCUAACAGAAACACCAUGGUCAAAUGAAAUCCUACAGGACAUGACCGAAUCUUUAAAUCCUCACUCUUCUAAAGAGGGACUUUGCAGUUUGGCAUUGGUACCAUGCAGUGUCUUCAUCGCAUUUAUCCUGGGUCAGUCUCUGUGCCUUCCAGCCGGGCUGCACAUGCUCAGCCUUUCCCACAGUCCUUCCUCAGGAGCUCGGAGCAUUUCAGUGUGCCUGCUAGAGCAACAAGCCAUCUGUUACAUGGGUCAGCCAUGGAGGACUGCAGGUUCCACAGGUCUCUGUCGUGCUGCCAUCAUGUUUGGACAAAGACAGAAUCAGGGUUGCUGACACUGUAUCUCCCAGGGCUAAUGCCUCCCCUCUGAAGGACAGACCUUGACCAAUAACCAUUGCCCCACUGCACCACGACCAAGUCCUUUUAUUGCCCCUAUUGCUGUUUUUUGCCUGCUGUGGGCCCUGAGGCGUUCCCCAACCCUACAACUGCCCUUAGCCUUUUCUAUUGUAUGAUGUGCAUCUGCUUCCAGCACAACCCUUUAGGGAGGGAGGGAGGGAGAUGAAUUUAAAUGUUGCACCCAGUGCUUCCUCCAAAUACAGACUGAAGCACAAGCAAAGUGUUUUUCCCUGCGCAGAGGAGUUGGCUGCACAAGUAGCUGGUUGGCAUGACAGUACAGGACCAUAAAAUGGCAAUUUUUUGGCUUCUCCUCUCUAUGCUUUGUGUUCAUAUAUUUUAUUAGGGGAAUAAAGUAGAAAGGGUAGGGAAAAGUAGUUACCUAUGUAGGGUCAUUACCAGGAAGGCUGAAUUGAUUAAGGCAAUGCACAUGUGGCUAUCAUAGAAAACUGAACACUAACCCUUCUGAACCACAGCCCCUUAAGCAGGUCAUGACCAUGCAGCAUGUUUGUUGGACAGCCUGUCGGUAUGUAUUAACCGCCGAUUGGGCUGGCUCCCCCUGUCUGAUCUCAUGUCAGAACUUUGCUUCAGCCAGAAGGUUUUCCUUGUGCCCUUGUUGGAAGUUACACUCUGGUGACUUCCCAGGAGGGUGUAUAGAUACAUGGCCAUUCUGGCACCGCUCUCAUUAGACCAGUCUCUGCCGCCAUAGCCUAGAGAAGGCAAAAGCAAAGAGCACGGACCCUGGCUUUCUGUCACAGCAUUAUAAAGCCCUAAAACCCACAGAGCUGCUGGGUACUCUCCUAAAUGUGAAUUGCACGCAAGAAAAGAAAUAAUUCCUUGUUCCAGUCUUUGUACCAAACCAGAUGGUCUUCUUAGGCCCCAUUUUCAGUCCAAAGUUGUACAGAAUAGCAAGGGAAACAGCACCAUGGAGUAUGAAAGGCUGCAUCACUAUCCAUCUAAAUUACCAUGCAAAUAGGAUUUAAGGAUAUUGAUGCUGGUACCUCCACAAAGGAAUUUGCAUUUGAUGCCUCCUAAAGUCAGACUGGCUUUUUGUUAGGAUUUUAUGUAAACUUAAUCACCAAAUUACCUGAAUUUAAGCAAGUCCUUUCAUUUUAUCACAUGUUAAUUUUGCCCUUUAAUGUGAGCUGGGUUUGAACUCCAGGGUCUCAGCACUCAAGUCUGCCUCUCUGGUUUGCAAACUCCCCAUUUCCAGAUGUCUGUGUGAGGAGGAACAUCCUUCUGAUGUUGCAGAAGGUCUUUAGAUAGAAUAGUCUAGUCUGCUUUUCUGGCAGUUGCAUAAUAAUAAACUUCAGCGGAAGGGAGGCUGAUGUCCAGGCGACCAUCCCAAAGGCUCAUUUCAUGUCUUAUCAGACAUAUCUUGAAGGCAACCCUUGGAAGAACCACUGAAUCGUAUCUGACAUCACUGCACAUCUACCCCCAACAUGUACACUCGAUCGCUGGGUUUCCUAUGCUGUUCUGGCUGUCUUGGCUGCAGAUGACUUGCAACUGCAAAAGCAGGCAGCCAACCCUGCUGCAUGGGCUUCAAAAAGGGACUUCAGGAUGUUCUCCCAGAGCCAAAAUGGACUCAGCUGCUUCUGGUUUAUCUCUCCAGCUCCUUUCCCAAAAGGAGGCACUCACUCUGCUCAGCUCUGUGCUGGCUGACACAUCGGUCUGUGAUCCUGAGCAGAAUCCUUUCGUCCCCAUGCAGAGUCUGUCCUUGGGCUGGCCUGCAAGCUGUGCAACAGCAUACAGGAGGCUUGAAAAGUACAGUGCCCUAUAUGUGACUCAACAGGAACAUGAAGAUGCUUUUGAAGAAAGGAAGGACCCAUCUGGGCACCAGAUAGAAUGACAGGAAAAGGAAAACAAGCAGUAACUAGAAAGGUUGCCAAGUGCUGUCUUGGCCUAGGGCAGAUCCCAGUUGUCCAAGUUAAUCUAUCUCAGUACAGUGCUGAUAUUAGCAGGGAGCAACACUUGCUUUCAAAUGCACACACCAAAUGCACUGUGUCUCCAAGCUGGCACCGCAGGCAAAUACUAUUGUGGAGAGUCUGCUGGACUUAGAGCACAGAAAUGAGAUCUGGGGUCCCUUGCUGCUGUUGGCACAUGUGGUACACAUUUGCUCUCACCUCAGGCAAGUCACAUCCCUCUUGAUGUCCAUUCCCUUCCACAGCACAGGGGAGAAACCUGCCUUUCCAAGAUGCUACCACCACCCUGCACUGAUGUUGCCAAGUGUGUGGCAGGCACCAUUGAUAGGAUAGCUACGCAAGCAAGAUGCAAAAAAUAUGCUAUAGAAAUUUUAUGCGUAUUUUCAAAGUGCUACUCUGCUUUCCCUCUGUUUACCAGCUUCUGAUGUAGCUUGCAUGUGCCAGAAGGCUGCAGGGUGGAGGGUAGUAGAGAUUAAACAGCUUUGGGGGAAGAUGUUUGGCAAGGAUGCAUUUCCCAGUUAUUUGGCAGCUGGCUCUUGCACAACUGGUGUCUCAAUCUGCAUGCUGCCCCAGGGAACGUGCAGGAAGUUUUGGUGGCCCAACAGCACCAUCCCCUGCUAGUAGAGUUAAGGAACUUAGGAGUACAACCGGGAUAGGGAGUGCUGAUGGGAGGGAAGAGACCACCGGAGGGCUCAUUUGGGAUAUUCCCAUGGCAGUUUUGUGCUUUUAAUUUUAGCACCCAUAUAAUGAUUUGAGACUAUAAACUGGCACUUUUCCUUUACUUUUCUGUUCUCCCUUCAAGCUCGCUUGGAGUAUGGUCACUCUUAUCUAGAAUGAAGUAGGCUUUGUCACCUGACUGCUGCUUGGCUCAGCAAGCACAGGCUGCAUGUGCCACCAUGAAUAUACCCUGGCUUUGACCUCUACCACUCUUCAGAGCUGACUCUUCAAAUCAGCCUCCUAUUUCUACUUCUCACAUCUCAAAAGAAACAUCUACAUGGAUGGGCAGUGCCCCAGGGAAAGCUGGACUAGGUUAAGCCUAAGGAGAAAGCAUGGGAAGGUCUUCAUUUUAAGGUGCUUUUCACCUGUAGGAGAACAUUGCAUCCUUGUCACAUCCUUUCAAGGCUUUCCUGUGAGAGGGAUUGCUCCAAAUCUUGAACCACAUGUCAUCAAACCUGCCUGUCUUACAGAGCCACAUGAGCCCUGAAGCAGAAGGGCCAGCAAUUUAGCAUAGAGGAAGAGACUGUGACCUGGGGUUACUUAAUGAAGGCUUCUCACAGGGACUGGCAUCUGUAUUUUAGCUCCCUGUAUUAUGCAGUAGAGCUGCUUCAUUGCUUUCAAAAAAUUACAGCUACAUCACCUCCUUUGCCUGCCUUGACAUUGGUGGCAAUCCCAGGAUCACAGCAGCUAAAUGCUGCCUGGCUGAGCACUGCUUUGACUCUUGCAGGGGAGGCAAAGGUUGGGAACUAGUUGAGAUUACAUGGAGCAGAGCAUCGUGGCCCAUGUAACCAUGCAGCAAGCCAUAUCGCAGAGCAGCAUGGACACUGGCAGGACAGCUUGCAGCUUCUCCUGGUGCCUUUGGAGAGCAGCUUAUUCCAUUGCUUCUCAGGCACACUUGCCACCAAUGGUGGCUCCAAGCCUUGUUGUGCCUGGUCUUUGGAGCCAUUUCUGUAAUAACAAAUGGUGAUACAGGUGGUGGGAUUGCAUCAGUGAGUGGAAGUACAAAAGAUGCCUCAGUAAGAUCUCAGAUGUGUCACUGGAAACCAGCACAGCAGGCACCAGGAAAAGAGAAGGCCACUGAAAGGCCAUCCUGAGAUAAGUCCAAUUACCUGCUAAGGUGUUUGCCCUCCCAGAGCAGCAUUUCUCCCCUAGUUGCCCAUCCAGCUGCCCCAGGUGAGCUCGUCUGGGAAGCACUGCUCUCCCCCCAGGCUGCCUUCUUGCUUCUUGCACCCCAAAAAAGGCUGUGACGCCAUUUGUUGCCAACUUUCCUCAAGCCCACAUGACUUGGGAGACAUGAAGUUUGUUGGGAUAUGUAAUACACAUCCAUGAAGAGAGCUGGAAAACUUGGACAAGCUCUUGUCACAACAGACCUUUUUGUUUUUAUCAUCUUCAUCUCCAUCCCCAGCUCACAGAUUUCUUUGCUCAGUUUCUUUGCACAGAAAAGCUGCAGUAGCAGCUCUUGGGCUUGUAGCUGCCUCUGUCCUAGACAAACCCAAGGCAAACAUCAGACCAGCAGGAAAUCCAACAACCAUGAUGGUGGGUGAGCCAGAGAGCAGGCUGGGAUUUCUCUUCACCCACCUGAAGGCUGCAGGGCUGAGGGUUCACUAGGCUAGUGUAAAACCUUGGUGUGAUCCAGCAAGCUGAGCCAGCUGCCUUCACCGUCCCAGGUCUCAGUGCUGCGGGAGGUCUGGCACCCAAGCAUCAGGUCCCAAGCCUGCCAGCCUGGUGCAGCUGGAGACCUGCAGCAGAGGCGUGGGUGGGAUGCCUGUCGGCUGCGCUCUUGCUGCGCUGGGGCAGAGCACUGUAAGACACACUGGUAGGGCUGUAGUUCUGCAGGCAAAAAGACCCUUGCAGAGGAUGAAGUCUUUGCAGGGGAGGAAAUUCAGAAAGUGGAGGGGGGGUUCCCCCCUUUUUGCACAUUUUUAACUAUUUUUACUCAUUCCACAGAGGUUAUUGAACCUUCUGUUUAAUAAAGGAAAUGAGCCACCGUUAAAUAGCUUUCUGAAGGGUCUGAAAGCAGAGCUGGUCUGUGCCUAACAUGUGACUUCCAGACCUCAUUGUACAUUCUGUAGCUGAGUCGCCCCAUGCACUGUGCAGGGACUAGGGUGGGAGGGUCAGUGCUGGCCGUCGCGCCAAACAGCCAUGGCUUCCCAAACUGAAGAAUAAUCAGACCAGGAAGUAGGGGAAGUAUCAGCAAUGGUAGAAAGAUAGCUAGUUGUCACAGGUAAUCUUUGGUAUCCGUGUCCCGUGGUUAGUCCUAGAAUUGCAAGCCUUGUUAUAUUGCACACGUCCUCCUUCCACUCCUCUUUUCUCAAAGCAGCCAUCACCUUUCCUCCCCCCUGCCCCAUUCACUAGUGAUGAGCAUCAGAGGCAGUUGCACCAAAGUGACUCUCAGCCCAGUUCUGCAUCCUCCUCUCCCACCCAAACCCAAGGCAGCCCAGACAGUUGUUGGCUAUCACAAGUCUAGUAACUCUGCUUGGGUUUCUUUCCAUGUGUACCAUAGCUUCCUCCGCACUCACUCUAGCAGGGCAGGACAGGAGGCUCUGACCAUGGCUCAAGAAGCUUCUUCGCCCUCUGGCAGCACCUUGCAGACAUGCACCUUACUGGGAGUGUGUUGGGCCGAUGCUGGUGAGAUCUGGCGCUGCUGAUCUUGAGCAGGUGGCAGCUGAUGGGGAUCCAGCGGGGGAAGCUGGCAGAAAGUGGCUACUGUCCCUUUUCUUUUCUUUUUUGAGGGAGAGGGGGAUUUUUUUUUUGGCAUUAUGAUCAUUGUCCACCUUCCAGUGGCCAAGUUCUGGGCUGCAUUAAUUAUUGGGGUUCACUGGCUGCCCUGGCAGGUAUGGAGCUUCGCACCAACCUUAAUAGCAAAUGUCAUGGCUGUAUCCAGAGCCUGGAUACAGGCUGGGUUUCUCCCAUGGAAGAAAAGCAAAGUGCUUUCAGCAGGCUCCAGAUAGACAUUUCUGGCAGACAGGGAAACAGCACUCCUCCAAGUUUGAUUCAGAUCUGCACUUCCACUUUGUGUCCUCAGCUUGGAAAAAACUCAACCCAGCAAAUGCUUCCCAGGUCUCCUUUCCCCAUGUGGUGCCUGGCGCCCAGGGGAGGGGAUGGCAGGAGGCAUUUCAGGAUCACCAAAAGCAAGAUCCUUUUUAGAUGUAUUUAAUGGAAAUAUCUUUCAGGAGGAGAGACCUCCAACCUUUGCGUUAAUCUCAAGAGCAGGAGAUUAAUUUCCGGCUGUCCUUGCGUAUAGUGAAACAGAGCUGAAACAGCCAAAUGCAAAGUAGCGUUAAAUGUAGGUUUGACCUGAAUAACCUUUUAAUUAGGAAGAUAAAUUUGUUGUAGCUUGACCUUAGUCCAUGUUAGGAACCUGCUAAUCAUAUGACAUGCAGAGUGUAUUAAUGCUGCACUUAACUUGGCCGUUGGUUUUAUUGUCUGGUUUUGGGAGUUUUUUUACUCCCAAAGCAUCAGUCUGCAUCUUGUAUGGGUUUUAUUUCCUUCUUUUUUUUCCCGUUCAGAACAUGUAGCACACUGUUGUACUUCUGUUCCCGUCUGUGUAGAGUAUUGCCUUAAACAGAUCAGUUGUGUUGUGGUUUGUUUCAGGUUUUCUUUUUUCUACCAUCAGUUUUAUGCAUUAAUUUAUUUUAAAAUGUGGGGGUUUUUUUCAAAAACAUGAAACAUGUACAAUAUCUUUUUUUAACAUUUCCAUUGCAGUAUUUAUCAUUGUUACUGGUUGUGUGUAGUGUAACGGAAUUAAUGAUAUUAAAAAGCAUAUGUAUGAAAAACA